UGCUCGGCGCGACGGACGCAUCAAUCUGGUUUUGGCUUGCGGUGUGAGAUUGUUUACAUCCAAUCAAAGAAAAAGAAAGAAAGUAACCUGCUGUAGAAAUGGACACCGCUGAUCAGCUGGCAUCUGUGGGGACAUUUCAAGUGCUCAAAUUACCUCUGGGAUUUAUCCGUGUCUUGGAAUGGCUUUUUGCCAUUUUUGCUUUUGCGACAUGUGGGGGCUACUCUGGACAGCUACGGGUUAGUGUGGACUGCAUGGAGAAGGCAAGCAGCAACCUCAGCAUUGCCAUUGACUUUGCUUAUCCCUUUAGGUUGUAUCAGGUAUCCUUUGAGGCCCCAGCGUGUGAGGCCAUGAGGAGGGAGCGUGUGUUUCUCCUUGGAGACUAUUCAUCCUCUGCAGAGUUCUUUGUUACCAUUGCAGUCUUCGCCUUCCUGUAUUCCCUCAUGGCCACCGUUGUUUACAUCUUCUUUCAGACUAAAUACCGUGAAAACAAUAAGGGACCCCUCAUUGACUUUGUAGUGACAGUGGUCUUCUCCUUCAUGUGGCUGGUCAGCUCUUCUGCUUGGGCCAAGGCUCUGUCUGAGGUGAAAUUGGCGACUGAACCUGAUGAGGUGCAGCUCCUCAUCUCUGCCUGCAAACUCCAGACAAACAAGUGCGGCUCUGUACAUGGAGCACGCUGGUCUGGACUCAACACCUCAGUGGCUUUUGGCUUUCUCAACUUUGUUCUUUGGGCUGGGAACAUCUGGUUUGUCUUCAAGGAGACCGGCUGGCACAAGGGGGGUUCAAAGUUCGCUGGCGGGGCAUCUGAGAAACAGGCCGGCACCUUUAACCAACAGCCCUACAACCAAGGAAGCUUUGAGCAGUCAGAAAGCUACAGCUCUCAGGGAACUCUUGGCCAGGUGUCUGAGUACAGCCAGGUGGGAGGGCCCACCUCCUACUCCAAUCAAAUGUAGCCGUGCCUUUUUGUUACAUUAGCGGCACUACUGCAUUUUAAACUUGGGCAAUCAGGGAGGGAGUGAUACAAGGAAGAUAGUUCAGGAUUAACGUUUAUCCUCUAUUCAGUAUGUCUUCAAUUUGUUUGCGCAAAAAAAAUAAUAUGUGUUGUAGAUAAAGGCAUUGUUGGGUAUUGUAAAAGUAGUCUUUUACUCAUUCUUUGUCUGAAGUGCUGUUCGCUAUAUGUUGUAUUUCUUGUUGUUUAAAAAGAGGUUUCUCUCUCUGUGCUUGGUAAUAGACAUUCACUGUUACCACUGGAUGUCUUUUUCAAACUGGUUUACACUGUUGUACAAGGGAAAGUACUCCAUGUUUGUACAAAGCUCACAUUUCUAACACAGUGAUGACCAAGUGCAUGAUGUUUUAUGUGUGCUCUCUUGAAAAAUGAGAAAUGCAUUUUAUCAAAGACAGUUUACAAAAUCCACACUACCCUGUCUCACUAUUGAAAUGUUCUUUAUAUCAGUGUGUGUUGUUAUUUUCCAAUCCCACACGGACAAUAUUUUGAUGAUGGGUAUUUCCAAUACAGCAACUGAUUUUGACAAUCAUUUGGGAAAUGUUCUGUAUUUGCAUACGUUGCAUCUCAUUGUCAAACACAGGUCAUGUCAGUACUUCUCGAAAUGUAAAGCAAUAGCGAUAAACUGCUAACUACUCAAACUGUUUGUUCAAGAAGAAAAAAAAUGCAAACAUCGCAGCAUGUUUCUGUGUCCAUGGUUUCUUUGGUGCAUCUGCACAGAUGGUUUAUAACACUGUCAUGUUAUAUGAAUCAUGUCUAGAGGGGGGAUCGUCUUCUUCAUUGUUUACACAGCUAUGACCGUUUUCUACGGUGUACAUAUAUUACAGGGAAAUCAUAAACAUAUGUCUUACCUCUUUAAACUAUGUCCAGAUUAUCCAUAUUCAAUGUCUAAGCCCAGCAAAAAGUACACCAGUUCCACAGUGAUGUUAAAUUUAAAAAAGUGAAAAGUGGACUUGCAUGUCCGUAACUAAUACUGAGCUUCUUAUUUUUUUUUAAUUCAAAAAAAUUAAACCUUGUUUAAUGUUGAACAAAAUCUGUGCAGUUCAUGAGUAAUGUUCAAAGGCUAAUGCUUGGAUGCUGUUUGUUUACAUCGAUAUCACUUGUGCAACCCUGUUUGUUUUUUUCCUUUUUUACCUCUUCAGCAUGUAGCUUGCAUCGGUGUAGAGCAUAUUGAACAACCAUGUAUGUAUUAUAAUGUUGUGACAUCCAUGAGUGUCAUUCAUGAUAAUAAAGAGGCUCUAAUUUGCUCAUAA